AUGCGUAUUGAGAAGUGUUGGUACUGUUCAAGUAAUAUAUAUCCAGGCCAUGGCGUGACUUUUGUAAGGAAUGAUGCUAAAAUUUUCAGGUUUUGUAGAAGUAAGUGCCAUAAGCACUUUAAAAUGAAGCAUAAUCCAAGAAAAUCUAAGUGGACCAAGGCAUAUAGAAAGACCCACGGAAAGGAAAUGAUUAUGGAUACUACAUUCGAAUUUGAAAAGAAGAGGAACUGUCCAAUAAGAUAUGACAGAGAGCUAUACAUAAAAACUAUUAAGGCAAUGAAAUUGGUGGAAAAGAUCAAGGAGUCAAGGAAGGAGAGAUUUUACAAGACAAGAUUAAUGAAACAGCAGCAAACACAAAAGACCUUGGUAGAUAAGGAAACAGAAAGAAAUGCCACAUUAUUGAAAGGACCUGAAAUUCCUUUAAUACAAACAACAACUAUGAGCGAUAUUUCUCGCCAAAAAGCUCUUAAAAAGAGUGAGAAGAAAAUGAAUAAGAUGGUAGAAAAGAGAAAGUCUUUUAUAGAUAAAUUUAGUGGUAAUGCAGAUGUUAGUAUGAUGGAUACAGAAGAUGAACAGGAGGAAAUUGUUUUAUAA